GCACCUCAUUUACUUCAUCAACUCAUCUUCGGAGCCUGUCUCCAUUUUCCUUUGUUUCAAUUAUUAUUUCAACCGAGAACUUGCUCGUGCACAGUCCUUUGAGCAUUCCCUGACAUACGGCGGCUACUGUGAAUGCGGCCUUGAGCUGAAGACUCGUUUCCUCAGUCUUCAGCAAGCUGAUACCUUGCCUUUCACCAUCUGGAACCAACUUCCCCACAGCAUAGGCUUCGCACAAGAAGCAGCCAUGUCUUCCUAUCUGGAGAAACAGCAGGCUCUAUUCAAGAGCGAUGCUAUGUCUGCAGCACCAAAAAUCUCGACCAAGCGCAACCUCGCACCGCCAGGACCCGAGUCUGCGCCAUCUCCAGCUCCGUCGAAUGCUUCAAAUACCUCGAAGAGCGAGAACAAGGAUGCCAAGAGAAAGAGAGAAUCGGAGCCUAAGAAAAACAUCGUCUACUCUCAACCCGCUGCCACAGGCUAUGGAAAUGAAGCCUUCACCCAGGUCACAUACGUAAUUGAGUUCCUGAAGAAGAAGGAUGAGGCAAAGUCUUUUCACGAGAUCUUGCAGUACUUGAGCCAAGUCCAUACCGAUGAGAAUACAAAACAGAUGAUCGCCAAGAUCCUCAAGAAGCACGACCGAGUUCAGUGGUUCCCAGAUCAGAGUCUGAAGUCUCAGACAUGGGAUUCUGGCUCGUAUAUGCACCGCCCUAUCAUCAACGUCCGCUCCAAGAAGGAUCUCAUUACAUAUCUACAAAAGAAGGUGGAUGCGCAAGGAGUCUCUGUCAAGGAUUUGAAGGACGGUUGGCCGGAUUGCGAGGAUGCUAUCGACGAGCUGGAGAAGGAGAAAAAGGUUCUGGUCACUAGAACAAAGAAGGACAAUCAUGCUCGAAUGGUUUGGAGCAACGAUCCAACUCUCGUUAAAAGCAUAGAUAACGAAUUCCAAACUAUGUGGCACCAGAUUGAGUUACCCAGCGUUGACGAGCUUGUCCGGAAACUCCAGGAAGCAGGCCAGAAACCCGCCAGCGAAGACCCCAGCAAGCGUAUCAAGGCUGCCCCAAAGGCAAAGGAGAAGAAGAAGAGAGCACCCAGAAAGGGCGGAAAGACUACGAACACACACAUGUCGCACCUUCUCAAGGAUUUCUCACACCUGAAACGGUAAAGAUGAUAUAAUCAAGGCUGACGAGGACCUGAGGGAUUUCCGACGGGUCGAUAUAUUUUGCAUGCAUUCCGGGGCGCUCUUUAGGGACACACUGGCAUUUGUCUUUAGCGAUGGCGUUUGGUCGACUUUGGUUGGCGGUUACAAGGUCUCAGAGGUGUCAAGCCGAGAGAAUCCAUGCCUUCAAAUCACUGGAGGCUCAGUCAUACACACGAGUAAGGGCCCUGUCCUUUGUCAUGUUGAGUAAGUGUGAGGCACGGAUUCCAAGUGAUCCCGUUAUCGUGGGCCUGUGGGUUCAGGUGAGGAACAGCAGGUAUUUGUAUGGCCAUACUUUGACUCUCAAUCGUCUCCAUAUGUGCAAGCGCGUCUUAUAUUGACUCUAACCCGAGACUUACACAUUAACUGGGGAAUUGACCUGCUAUCUACGGCCAGUCCUGUCUUCUUCAAUGCAAAUCAAGAUGUCAAUCUCUCACACGGCGACAUUAAUGCUAGCCCUGAUUCUUUGCACUCUUCGUGUUCUUUCCAAAAUGCUGCAAAAUCGUUCCGACAGGUGUGGUCGCAAGCUCGCGGCUCCACCAGCUCCCACAAUCAGCCGAGGCGGCGGGAUUUGGCGUCAUUCGGCUCCGGAGGCGGGGAUCAUUGAAUUUGUUGAUUUCUAAUCUCCCUAACCAAUUUCGAAAACACCACGAGACCAUUUCUAGGAUAAGUAAUCAUCAAUUCUCUUCUCUUCUGAGCCUUUUUAAUUACCUGA